UUAUAUUGCUGAAUGUCUGAUUGGCAGUAGCAGUUUGCAUUUUCACACAUAACUCUCCAUAUCUAUUCCAUCAUCACACGUCUUCUGUGAUUCAGAGAAACAAACUUUCAAGCUUUGUCAGAUUCUUCUUCUUCUUCUUCUUCUUUCUCCAUACCGCACCAGCUUCUCCAUAUAUCUCUCAAAUAAAAAAGAAACCUAUAAAUUCCAAACAAAAGAAGAAGAUAAUGGAUAACUCCGACAUGCUAAUGAACAUGAUGAUGCAGCAAAUGGAGAAGCUUCCUGAUCAGUUCUCUAACACAAACCCUAACCCUAAUUCCCAUAACAUCAUGAUGCUCUCCGAAUCCAGCACUCACCCGUUCUUCUUCAACCCCAACCAUACUCAUCUCCCACUACUUGACCCAAACCUCACUCACCACCACCACCAAUCCGGUUUAAGUUUCCGGUAUGCCCCUUCCACUUCAUCAUCUCUCCCGGACAAAAGAGGAGGAGGAGGCGAUAACGCUAACAUGGCGGCGAUGCGAGAGAUGAUCUUUCGAAUAGCCGUGAUGCAACCGAUACAUAUUGAUCCGGAAUCUGUGAAGCCACCGAAGAGGAAGAACGUGAGGAUCUCUAAAGAUCCACAGAGCGUGGCGGCUCGACAUCGGAGGGAGAGAAUAAGCGAACGCAUUCGGAUUCUUCAACGGCUUGUUCCCGGCGGGACCAAGAUGGAUACUGCUUCGAUGCUCGAUGAGGCUAUCCAUUACGUUAAGUUUCUCAAGAAGCAAGUGCAGUCGCUAGAGGAGCAUGCGGUGGUUAACGGUGGAGGAAUGGCUUCAGCACAGCCUGGUGUUGGUGGAGGAUAUGGUGGAAAAGGAGGGUGUGGGACCAUGCGGUCUGAUCAUCACCAGAUGCUUGGAAAUGCACAGAUUCUUAGAUGAUCAUUUUUAAAAUGUAUUUCAUAUUUAUUACUAAUUUGAAUGAAGAAGAUCAAAAAAAAGUCUUGGGAUGUGUGGAAUUUAAUUUUAUGAAACUAUGCAAGUAUUCUCUUAAAUAACGUAUUUAAUUUUCCCGAUGUCGAUCAUAUUAGGACGGUUAUACAAGGCAGACCUGGGCUGUAA